CUUUGAAAGGAUCUGAAUUUUUUACUGUGCAUGUUAGAAUUUCAGUGCUAAGUAUUUUUGUACUACAACUGUUUGAAAUAAUUGAAAGUGUUACAAAGUAAAUAUUAGGUGGCGAUUAGUAUGAGCAGUCAACUUGAAAGACUCCUGAGUUAAAUUUGUUUCAGAUUGGUUACGGAAAAAUGAAAUUCGGCUCCAAAAUACAAUAAUUUACACCUCUGGAUACAUGCAACGUUUAUUUACCAUGUUGACUUACCAUCGUCUGAUAAAAAUUUCACGAAAAGAUGCUAGUUCUGGAUUAUGGUUGGGAUUUAUUGUCCCUGCUUUAUUACUUAAAACAGACAAUAAAGCACUUGCCUACGAAUUUUUUCUAUCUGUAAUCACUGUACUCUUCUUAACAAAGAAUAAUCAUUUUAAACAUGCUGUCAUUCCUAUAUGUAUAUGGUUAAAUUGUCAACAUUUCCACCAUGUUAGUACGCUGAUUCGUUCUUUGUUCAUAAUUAUAUUUGUUUUAUGUUUUUCUUACAGAUUAUUAAGUUUAUUUCCUUUUUCAUUUACUUUCGGUGAAACUGUGCUACUUGCUCAUCUUUCUGCAGUAUUUCUUUUUACUGAAUGUAAUUUUGCAUUACCAUUUCUAAUCCUUUUUCUAAUUGAACGAUAUUCUAUUCGAUUCUCAUUGAAAAUUGCUUUUUCCGUGUUAAUAACACUUACUAUAUUGACUGGAUAUCUUUGGAUUUAUGCUUGUCGUGUACAAAUAGCUACUAGUUUCAUUCUAAAUCAAAUUGAAUGCUUUAUUAUAUCAACUAAUUUCAUUUUAUUGAUGUUUUGGCUAUGCUUAUUUAUGUUAUGUGUUUACAUUACUAUCAUUUAUCGUUGUUCUAAUCAUAACAUUUAUCGAAUCAUGAAUAGUAAUACAGUGAAACCAGAAUUUUGUGAUAGUUCAAUUGCAUUAUCUGAUGAACCAAGCUUAUCCGAUCAAAGUGAAUAUCAUGAAUUAUGUAGCGAAAAUGAAUUUAUUAAAAACAAUCAUACAACAUGUGAUUUAUUAUAUGAUAACAAAGAAGAAAUGUUUAAACUUCGUAAACUAUUUCAUUUUGCUGCUGGUAUUGUAUAUUCAUCUGGCUUACUCUAUUCACCGCAUCUUCUUUCAUUGAUGUCUGUUGCAUUACUUAUUGUAUUUUGGUGUUUUGAAUGGAUUCGAAGACGAGGGCCAUCUACUCUUUCCUCCUACCUUAGUACUUUGGUUGAUCCAUUUCGUGAUAAACGAGAUUCUGGUGAUAUUUUAUUCACACCUAUUGCUCUUUUACUCGGUUUAAGUAUUCCUGUUUGGUGGCCACAAAAUAGAAAUACUAAUAGAAGUAUGAUUAGUAUUGGCAACCUAUGCUACGAAUUGGAUGUGAAGCCGUCAUCAUGGUCAGGCGUUCUGUCAGUAGCUAUAGGCGAUAGUUUUGCUGCAUUGAUUGGACGAGCUUACGGAAAGCGUCGUUGGCCUGGAUCACAUCGAACAUUCUUAGGAUCUUUCGCUUCUUUCUUUUCUCAAAUUAUUGUAUGGACAAUUCUAUCAUAUUAUUAUUCAUGGCAUUGGUUAACCGGUGUUAUUCCUUUAUUAAUCGGUGUACUUAUUGAAGCAUAUAUUGAUCAAAUUGAUAAUUUAGUUAUACCAUUAAUUGUUAUGCUCAUGUUUCACAGUUUGUAACAAUGAUACUCUUUUAACUAUGGAUUGUAUGUACUUGCUUAGAUUCCUUUAUUUUCUACCACAUGUGGUGUAUGUUUGUUUAUUUGCUUGCUUGUGUACAUAAUCAAUUGAUGUUUGUUUUUAACUAUUGAUAAGGCCUAGUAAUUGUUCGCUUAUUUUGAACAAUAAAAUGUUGAUGAAAGAAGUCAUACAUCACAAUUUAUUGACCAUUCUUAUUACUUGUAAGAAAAUAGAAUUGAUGUUUGUCGAUUAUAAACAAAUUCAUUAUAGUAGAGUGAAUAUGAUGGAUAAUGUGAACAUCUCGAUAUCUAUGUGAGCAAAUGAUAGUAGAUACACUAAUAAGACACUUCCAGUCGUUUACUGCUGUAAUCAAGUGUUUUUUUUGACAGUAAUGGCCCAUAGCAAGUUGAUAGGGUCAUUUCCUUGUUCAAACUUCAUGUUUCCCUCCGUUAAAAUUCAAGGGGGUUACAUGUUCAAACCUUUAGUCUGUAGACUUGAUGCGGUUGUUUUUGUCUCAAUGGUUCAUGGUUCUGCUUGCGUUUCUGCGGAUAAAGAUGGACUAUUAUAUUAGUUGAGAGAAGUAGAAAUGACUUAUUGUAAGUAGAUAUUUGCUUAACUCCAUUUCCACUACUUUGGUAUUGAACGAUGAGUGACAAACUGGAAUGUAUAAACCAACAAUGUAUUGAAACAGAUGUGUUUAAUAAGUCUUUUUGAACGUGAUAAUAUAUGCAGUUAAUCUAUGUGUCACUAUAAGUAUCUAAAACGUAAUAGAAUAGCAUGUUUCGAUGAGUCUAAUGUACUAUUCGUUCUAAUUGUGUGUGACUGAACAAUUGGUAGGAAUGUAAGAGAUUCAGUUUUACUUCAUAUCUCAACAUAAGACUUUUGUUAAGUUUAAGUCUCUACAAGAAUUAUAAUACAAAACAAACGUAGUAUUUAAAUUUGUUGAUGAGCAAGCGUCAACAUAGAGAUAUCCUAUGACAAUUUCACCUGUAUACUUACUGAAAUAGUUAUGUUGACUGAUUGAACAGAACGGAUCUUCUAAUAUCAAGUGCAUAUACUUUAAAAGGCAAAACUAACUAAAUGUUGUAGGGGGUGGAAACUGAAAUAUUUAACUAAGGUAGUAUGAGAUGAUAAGUGAUCAACCACUGAUGCGACUGACGGCCACGAAGUAUGCAGUUAUCUUACACAUUAUCUUGAUUUAUCCAUUUAGAACACACGACUGUUACUCUUCUUGAGAGUAUGGGCCGUCGAUCAGAUUUCGCCUUUCAAUUCUGUCCUAGGCUUCCCAUUCCAGGUGUUUCAAAUUGCCAUCUAUUCUUUUAUGUCUGCUUACAACUCCAAACGCUAUGUUUUCUUUGGUCUUCCACUUUUUUUAAGAUUCCAAGUUAGGUCUCGUCCCAUGAUGCAGUUUGAUGAACUCUGCAAUAUGUGUCCUGCACACUACCGAUCCUUGCGGAAUCUGGCCUGUUGAUCUCGUAGUCAGGCCUCUACCGAAUACUUUAUCCGGUUCAGCAACACUGUUGAAGACUUUUCGUGAUACCGAUAGUAGUGUGCUGCCCCUGUAGUUCACACAUUUGUUCAGAUCUACUUUCUUUGGUAUUGUAGGGCCAGUGAAAUGUCACUGAGCCCUAGCCAAAUCAUCUGGCAGUUGGGACACUGAAUAUCGAAUAGAUCAUCUAUCCUUGUAAAGGACAAUCAACGCUCACCAGUUAAUCAUACUCCACGAACAAACCCAUGUGGCAGUGGUAUUACUUUCGCAUGUAUCUACUUUGACUAAUAUAUUUCUUUAAUAAUUUCAUUUAUGUUGUACAGUCUUCAGAGCAUCUAUAGUCGCUUGAUACGUCGAUGGGGCAAUCCACGUAAGGUACUG